UGUGUUGUAACGAUACAAAGCUGCGCAUCCUAAUAACCGAAAUAGUAAAUUUAUUGCGAUGUGACUGUGACCCUGUAUAAAGAAUUAGAUAUUUAAUUAGAAUCGGUCAUAUUGUGUCUAGGGUAGUGAUGGGUAAUUUUUUUUAGGAGCGGGCUAAAAACUUGAAAGGAACAUUUUUGUUUUCAAAAUACUUCAUUUAAAAGGCCUAUUAGAUGUACUAUCCAAAUGCAGUCUAUUUAUACCAAUUAAACGCGAGUGAUUUGCUAAUAGUUCGAAACUAUUUGGUUCUGAUUGGGACAUAGAUAGUGUUCAUGAGUGAACUGAGGUGUUUCUCCAUCAUCUAUUUCAAACAAAGAUUUUGUUUAAAGUUCAUUACAAAUAAAUGAAGAUGCAAACAUUGCAUACAUUCUCUUAACAUAAGAAUGUACAUUAGGACAACUGGAUUUAGACAAGCCCAUUGUAGAUCUCUAGUUUUGUGACGUUAAAAACUAUUUGAGAAGAUUACUAGAUAGAAGUUAAAUUAAUUGAAGCUAUAAGUACUUCCACUUCAGAAACGCAUGCUGUAAAUAUUUCCAUUGCUCCGAAGUCCCAGAAUCUUUGUUUCUUUUCAAAUUCGCAUCUAGUUGCCUCAACUUCUUUUUAGUAUUCUUAAGUUUGUCUUCACAGCAUCCAGUGAUCCCCUUGGAUUGCGAGAGAGCAGAUUAGCAGACAGAAAAAAAUCCUGUUGUUUGAAACCUUUAAAAUUACUCUCGAUAUGGUCAAUAAAUAGAUUGUUGAAUAUUUAUCUUGCCAUUGCUCCUAUGACACAGAGGUAACUCAAACUUCUCUACGGGAGAAUUGGCUUAUCCACAGUCGUAACUUUGCUUGCUAAAUCGACCACCGACAGACAAUUAUUAUGCCUGCUUUGAUUGUGGCAAAAUAUGUAGGUCACAGCUGGGCUGCGUAAUCAAGGAAGAUACUGCAUUCCUCAUUAAUCUUCGGUCUUGAAGACGAGACUUCAAUCUAUCUAUCUAUUUAUAUAUAUAUAUACACAGUGUUGUUGUUGUUGUUUUUUGUGACGGUACGCACCCUUACGGCGUAACGGCACCAUUUCUAGUGUGGAGAUUUAAUUAUUACUUUUCUUGUAUUUAACGUUUAUUAUUAAUUUAUAAGUAGUUAAAAGUUAGAAGUUAGGCAAUCCGUCACUAAGUACCAGAAUAAAUUUCUUUACAAAAAAACACUGUAUAUAUAUAUAUAUAUAAUGUUGUAACUCCGCUCCCGUGCCACACUGAUGGUGCGCAUCAGAGCGCCAUUCAACACAAGGAGUAGAAGACAUGUUUAGACAGAAAGAAGGACUGUUGUGGAUCCGGCUAAAGUGAUGGAAGUCUAAGCUGUCUUGACUCGAGAGAACAUCCUUUGUGCUAUCUAUGAACUGUGUUGAGGACCUGGGGCGGCACUGAGAAGUGUGUCAGUGGUCUGUAUUGAUACUUAGGUAGCAAAGAACUGGUGUCACUUGAGAUAGGAGAUUCUGGGACUUAAUGGCCGAAGUCCAUGCCUGUUGGUACUGUAAAUAAAUACCUUCUUUAUUUUUACCUACAAUUGGUGUCAGAAGUGCUGAGGAUCUUCUGUGCCAAAGAAAAGAUGAGAGCUAGUCUUCGACAGAACCUGGUUGAUGAAGGGGAGGAUCCCGAGACAUGCCUGUUUGACGUCGAACCAGAUAUGGAAGAUAUGCAACAACAGAUGGCAGCUGUACUUGAAAAGAUGGGUUUUCAGCAAGAACAGAUGGGAGCUGUGCUCGAAAAUAUUGAGUUUAUGCGAGAACAGUUGAACUCAGGGCUAGGAAACGCCAAUGACAAGACAGAUGACAUAAAAUCGGUAAUCAAAACCGAGUUAUUAGCUAUUAGCCAACGCAUACAUGCUGUGGAGGAGAGAAUCACCAACAUUGACAAACAGAUGAAUCAGAGGGUCGACGCAGUGGAAGAAAGAGAAGAAGUCUGCUUUGUGGCUGAAGCUAUUGCUGUACCUGUUAUGAAUACCACUACGAGCAAGACAUGUGAAUCGAUGUGUACCAUGCUCGGCAAGACUGAUGAACCGAUAUAUGAUCUGCUAAACAAGACAGACGAACAGAUGGCUACUAUGUCGAGCUGGGAAGGGGACAAUGUUGUAACUCCGCUCCCGAGCCACACUGAUGGUGUGCAUCAGAGCGUUAUUCAACACAAGUAGGAGAAGACAUGUUUAGACAGAAAGAAGGACUGAUGUGGAUCCGGCUAAAGUUAUGGAAGUCUAAGCUGUCUUGACUCGAGAGAACGUCCUUUGUGCUAUCUAUGAACUGUGUUGAGGACCUGGGGCAGCACUGGGAAGUAUGUCAGUGUUCUGUAUUGAUACUUAGGUAGCAAAGAACUGGUGUCACUUGAGAUAGGACAUUCUGGGACUUAAUAGCUGAAGUCCAUGCCUGUUUGUACUGUAAAUAAAU